GGUGCUGUCGUUCCCACAGGAUGUCGUUCAGGGACAAGGGCGUGAGGAAGGCGUGUUGGGACUCCAGGGACCGCUAUUGGGCCUGCCUUGACCUGCCCGACCUUCACCGUGACCACUGCAUGGAGCUACGACGUCUCUACGAGAUGGCCUGCCCCGGACACUGGGUGAAGCACUUUGAUCGGAAAAGACAAUAUAUGGAGUUCAAGGAGCGGAUACACUCGGUAGGACUCCGGGAGGGGACCACAGCGGGCGUCUCGCCGCGGCCCGCCCUUGACACUCCGCUGGUCAGGAGACACCGUAUCUACAGCGAGGUGGUCUUCACCUAGCACACACCCCCCUACCCUUCCUCCUCUACCACCUGCACCAGGGCCAACCCUCACCUACGCUUUGAAUCGGGUUCAUUCGCCACCUAUUGUCGGGUUCAGUCACCACACCAAGAAAGAUUCACCCGAAAGUCAUCCUCACCCGCCACUGUGUCGAUGCGCUUCAAGCUUCAGCAAUUGCUUGGACUUAUAAUCGCCUUGUUUCAGGAGGACUUGAAUUAUAUAUGGAGAUUCCUGAACCAUCACUUUGCUGGAGCGACGGCGAUACCGGACGUCAAUAUCGGUGCCGGACUUCUGUACACAUUAGCUGAUCCACACAGCUAUUCAGUUUUUUUCUUAUUGUUGUGGCUUAUAGAGCCAUUCCUAGCUUACGCCGUACGGAUGACCCCUAACUGUCUAGUCGCUUAGUAACUAAGCAACUAGGUAGUCUGACAGCCAAUUAAUUAGCCAGUCCAUCCCAAUAACACUGAGAGGGUCACCUUUCCCAUAACAUUCAGUGGAACAAUUCUCUUUUAGCCUUAGGUGCAGGAUUCAGUCCUUCAGUUACGUAAUUUAGGUUAAUUGGGGGGUUUAUAAGGAUGUUAAUAAUCGUUUACUGUGUUAAACCACCUCAAGUGUGUCAUUUUAACAUUGCAUCUCCACCACAUUGAAAUUUAUCACGUCCCUCUCGCCCUCCCAUCAUCGUUUCUUUUUAAAUCGAGUAUUAUUCUAUAAUAACGUUGGUAGAAUUACCCACAAUAUGUUAGGUAUAAGGACCCAAGUGUAGCUAAUGCGCUAUUUUAUUCUUGCUACGUUUCGCUCUGUAUGAAAAGUAAAAGGACACAAGUGCAACUAAUGUGACAUUUUUUAUUGUGGCAACGUUUCGCUCUCCAGGAGCCACAAUAAAAAUGUCACAUUAGUUGCACUUGUGUCUUUAUACCUAACAUUAUUCUUCUGGUUUGCAGACGAGCCAGAAUUGACAAAGAAAAAGAAUAUCACUUAGGCUUGAUAGGUGAUAGUAUUGAAGGUUAAGACACAUGUGCAACAUCUGGAUAUCUUUAUUGCAAACAUUUCGCCAUCCAGUGACUUUAUCAAUACAGAUUCUAGGACAUACUUAGAAGACAGUAGAACUAUAUACAAAAGAUGAGGUAAUCAUUCCCUCAGCCUUGGAGUUAGUGUUAACAGCAUCAUGGUCAUUAUCAGUCAUUACCCGGUAAUGACCUGAUAAUGACCUGUGCUCAGAUACACCACGAAGAAGCGGGAGAAUAACAAAGGAAACUUGGCUGACCCAGCCCGGGUAUCAGGGACGAUCCCUUCGUGGGGAAGAGGGAGACCUGACGCUAGUGGAGGACUCUUUAUCCAAGGGGUUGGAGUCACCCCUCCCCUUCCUCGGAGUAACCCUGACUGCUGCCCAUUAUCCAAAUUCUAUAUGACCUCCUGCAGGGAUGCUGCUUCCUCGUGAAUGUGUUGAUAAUACACUCAUUGACUGGAUUAAUUUUAGGUCAUGUUAGGCUUGAUUAAGUCAUGUUAGGUUUGGUUAGGUCAUAUUAGGUUUGGUUAGGUCAUGUUAGGUUUGGUUAGGUCAUGUUAGGUUUGGUUAGGUCAUGUUAGGUUUGGUUAGGCCAUGUUAGGUUAGGUUACACCAUUCUAUUGUUGGUUAGGACAUUUUCAGAUUAGGUUAGGUUUGGUUAGGUUGGAUUACGUUAUGUCAGCUUAGGUUACAAUAUUUUACGUUAUAUAAUGUCAUUUUAAGUAGGUUAAGUUAGGUUAGUUUACGUUACGUUGCUGUGCGCUAUAUUAUGUACGUUCAAGUAGGUUGGGAUAGGCUAGGUCAUGGCACAUCAAGUUAGGUUAGAUCAGGUAACGUUAGGAUAGGUUAGGUCAAAUCAUUGGGAUAGGUUAAGUUAGGUUAGGUCGGGCCUUGUUAGAUUCAGUUAAAUUAGGUCAGGUCAGGUGUUAUCACCUUAGGUUUAGUUAGAUUAGGUCAGGUCACCCUAACUAACAGUAAAUAACUGAUAUAAUUAAGUAGUUCUUAAAGAUAACAUUACCAGAGAGCAACGCCAAGAGAGUAAAUAUAUGAGGCUGUGUCAUAUUCUCUGGGAAGUGCUAAACCCUUGUAGGUCAGUCAGUGAUGAAAGUUAAGACACAUGUGCAACAUCUGGUUAUCUUUAUUAUAGACGUUUCACCAUCCAGUGGCUUCAUCAAUACAAAUUCUAGGACAUAACUAGAAGACAGUAGAACUAUAUACAUAAAAUGAGGUAAUCAGUCCCUCAGCUUUGGAGUUGGUGUGAAGAGCACCGUGGUUGUGGAGAUUCUGGAGCACAGGCAAGGAGGCUGGCGCUUAUAUAGGCGUCAGUGGAUAGGGACGUGUAGCAGACGAGGGCAUUGUCAUUGGUAGGCGGGAUUUCUCAAUGGAAGUAGUCAUACCCAAGGAGUGGUGGAGGCUCGGUCCUCCGUCCACACAUCGCUGCCCUCCAGUCUCUGAGUAAUUGUAAGAGAUAUUCGUCCAGGGGGAAAUUUGUGUUUAUGGAGUUUAUAUAUUGUAACUAAAUUAAUAUCGGUGUUUCCGUUUCACUCUCGAGUUCUGCCAGUCAGUUUCUAAUACAUUGGGAAAAAAUAGGACAUGUCACCUUAAGACACCUGAUGUCCCUGUUCACCUAGUAGUAAAAUAGGUACCUGGGUGUUAGUCGACUUAUGUGGUUCACAUCCUGGGACGAAAUUGACCUAAUCUGUGGGAAAUGCUCUGCAUAACAAGGGGCUUUCUAAGUAGUACUAUGUCAUUGAUGUCAGCUAUGGUCUGUAUACCUUGUACAUGUACUUGUAGAAAUAUUAUAUUAAUCAGCACACGUCACUGGCAUUACUUGAUGUCUUGAACCAAUCAGCACACGUCACUGGUUGUUAGGUAAGACACAUAUGCAACAGUUAGGUAUCUUUAUUUCGAAAUGUUUCGCCUACACAGUAGGCUUCUUCAGUCGAG